AGUUUCGCGGAGGAGCCCCUGCGUGUGUAUCUUACCGAGCGGACACCCGAACGUUCAGGAUAGCAGGAGGAGUACGAGUUACAGGUGAAACCCCACAACAGACUAUACAGUGUGCCACUGAGACGAUAUAGGAAGCAACUGACGAGGGAGAGGCUGAACUGGUCCCGGAAUCUGAUACCCUCCAGCUAUUUGAUCUCCUGAGAAAUCUUUGACAAUGCCAACAUUUUGGAGUAAGCUUGUCCUCCGGGGCAGAAAUUAUGGAAUGCAAGACGAGGUUGUCAAAGGUCCAUCGACAAAAAAGAAGAAAAAGUCGAAGAAGAGCAGUUCAAGGUCUAACUUGAACAGUUCGUCGGACACGAAUUUCUAUGAGAACGACACCUCGGACGAUUACCUGUUCAGCGCACGUGACAGCUCUUGCCUCAGCUCGGGAACUCUGGAGUACGAGGACAUUGCCGGUAUGUUGAUCGACAACAAACCUCCCAUGUCAGACUUUCACAACAACAACAACACGUCCAUGACCGGAGGUAUGGCACAUUAUAUGCCUAAAGCCACUCAGCACCUCUUCCUCUCAGGGCUAUUAGAGGGAGAGAAAAUUGACGACUACUUCCAGGACUGUCGCCUUGACAACGCACUAAAAAACUUUGCCAGCUUUGAGAGCUACGAGCAGCCGGUCAUUGAGGAAGUGGUGGAAAGCCCACCCGCCAAGGAGAACCAUUAUGAGACAAUAGACUCCGAGGCCCCACCCAGCCCCGAACCCACACUGGCGGAUAACAAGAGAUCGAGCAGGUACAACAACAAUAACAGUCACAAGCUCGACAUUCUCAACUGGCCGACCUCGCCGAUGACGACUUCCGGUUCUGUGACGGCAAACUGCAAACAGAAGAGAUCCGGUCGCGUGGCGAUGACUUCUGGUGUGGAUUCGGCCGGUGAAGAUCUGGAUGAGGAUGACAACUACAUUCACCUGGGUGGUGGAAUCCCGCCCCACUCCCCGGGCGCCAGCUCCCACUCCUCCGCCAACGACUCUUUCGACGACACACCCUGGUGCAAUGGUGUUGAUGUGCUCUACUAACAAAAAUUCAUAUCGCCAUUUGGGCCAACGUAAUUGCUACAGUGGAAAUGGAUUUGCAUGCACUGAUCUGCUCUUGACGUCUACAUGACAACAAACUAUAAAAAAAAAUAGGACUUCUACUACGGCGGUUUGUUCAUCAGCAAACCGCUUUCCCAAAUUUGUGUCCGACCUUAGUGUCAUAAUCACAUUCACAGUACUAGUCAUAUGUCUCAGCUGAUGUUUAAUAAAGCCUAUUCCAUAGCGUUGAGAAACGCAUAUUUGGAUCAGUUUUGGAAGUUCAAGAAAGUGCGCAACUAGACGAUGUAUGACCUGUGUUCUGCUUUUAUACAUUUGUCCAUGCAGUCGUUAUAUAUGAACGCUUAAUUUUUUUGGUCAUCCAUUAACACUUUCGAAACUUGACCGUACAUGAUGACUGCAUGUUGGCCUUUGGAAUGCAAGCGGCCUUUGGGGUAUGUUGACAAAGUUUCUCAUAUGUUAGUGUUACGCUGCACUAGUUAUCUAAAAAUGAUAAAUAGUAACAAAGUAUUAAUGAUUUGACUGCAUAUGUAUAUAUACAUGUAUGCACUUUUGUUACAACGUUUGUUACAUUUAAGACGUGGUUAGUUCUUGUGACGGUAGUUGCGACUUGGAACUAUAUGUUCGUAUAGCUUGUCAAAUAUUGCUACGACAACUGGAUAGCUUGGUGCCUCUUGGCAUUACAUCAAGUUCACCGAUGAACAUCCGUUAAAAUCCGUUGCUUUUGUAGAAUUUUUUUUAAAGUAUGUAUCGUGCUGAACGCGUAUCGUGUUGGAGGCUUAUCUUGUAACCACAAACUAUAUGUACACGAGAUGGUUUGCGCUGUGGUUGCCGGACUCCUGUAGCCCAUAUUUACAGUGCCUUGUAUGAAUUACAUGUAUUUGUAAUAUGUAUAUUACUACUUUAUUUAAAUUGUAUCACG